UACCGGCAUCACGCACACACUAUAAGCCGUCCGGAAGGAUCCCCAUGUUUUCUCUGUCAAGAGGAGUUUCUCUAUUCGAGUCACCAUCUUCUCCUUAAUUCGAUUCCAGGCUUCCUCAAAGUCAACCUCGAAGCUUUCCUCAACGCCCAGAUAUGAAUAUGCUUUAUUGCCGAGAGUUGGCAAGUCAAUGACUGCCUCCUCUCCCUGGAUCUCUGCCGGAAUCCAGGCACACUUUCUUGUGUUAAAUUCAAGGCCGAUUGUUUUCGCUAUUCCUCUCGUUUUCUCUAUGAUUUCUCUUAGAUACUCGUUAGAGGUAGCGAAUCCUUUGAAAUCGUCCAUAUAGAACAAGUGGUUUAGACUCAGCGUAAUUUCCUGUCCAGGUAUGGAUACCUCGUAUUUUGGCAAUAAUUCAAGAUUAUGAGAAAUAGGCGCAAUUGCCAAACAAUAGAGUAAAGGAGACAUACUGUCACCUUGCAAUACUCCAUUUUUAACCCGUAGCUUCUUGCUUUGGGUUAUUCUCCCAUUCUUCAGCAAUUCAUAUCGGACGCUCCAGCCCCUCAUUAGCUCUGCAAUCGCAUGCCGUAUGUUAGGCUGGAGGUUUAUGGCUCGGAGGGUGUACCUUAUCCACGGUUGGCUUACGGAGUCAAACGCCUUAGCAAAAUCCACCCACACUGCUGCCAAACAGGUGUUAGUAGCUUUCGCAUGAGACGUAAUAGUCCGGUCCAAUAUUGUGGCAUGAGUACACCCCCAAGUGUCUUUCACCAGUGCUCGUUGCUCGUAUGGCAAUAUGUCAUGAGUGGUAAGGUGGUCAUUUAUCCAAGCAGUCAUUACCCCCGUUAUCAGUUUAUACAUAGUGUUUAAACAUGCUAUGGGUCUGUAAUUUUCUGCUCUGCUCAGAUCACCUCUUUUUGGGAGGAGGACCACCCUUCCUUCAGUGAGCCAUUUAGGGAACUUAAGCUUAUGCUUUUUGAUUCCCAUCAACCAGUCAAAUAGCACCUUGUUUGCGGGAAUUAACCUUUUCCAUAAAAGAUUAGGGAUCCCGUCUGGACCUGGCGCCUUUGAUGGCCGAGCUUUCUUCAGAACCAAUUGCCAACGCCGGAGAUCUUCAGCAUAACUGCUAAAUUGCUGACCUUUUGCGGUCUUCUCUUGCACUGCCUUGGACCAGUUAGCUAGCUCCGGUGUUCUUUCAAACGGCCGGUGCUUACCUACUAUUCCCGACCAGUAGCUCCUAGCAUCCUCGGCUGACUUAAGCUUGGAUUCACCACGAGGUUCCUCUAGCUUUCGUCUGAGGGGCAAAGCUUUUUGCAAAGCCUCACGCUCUCUCCGUGAUCUAAGCUCUAUCCGGUCUUUAAGCAGUGCAAGGUGCACCUUCAAUGAUUCGUUUUUGGCCAUCAAAUCAUUGGUAGUCCUUAUCGGUCUACCUCCGACUUGGUAGCAUCUUUGCAAAUCAUAGAAGUUUCUCCUUUGUCUGGGGGUGGGUUUAAUCUUAGAUCUUCUCCGUCGGAUUUC